GCUCCCACCAGCCCUUAUCGAUAUCACGCAUACGCCUGCUUGUGGUUGUGAUCAUUGAACCCGGUCCAAGUCUGCCAACUUGCAACCCGUAGUGGCUGAGAUUGUCAGGCUUGAAUCUGGUUGACCACGACAUUCAAUGGAGAUCGAGCUCAAGUACAUACCCUUCGAAGCGUCGCAGUGGGACAUCAAGCGUGCCGUCGGCGGCGUGCUGCACAGCGACGACUUCUUCAACGCAUCGGACCCAACAGCCAGACUUAUCAACUUCGAGGUUAAUCUUAACAAGCACAAAUCCUCCGAAGCCCGCAACGAUGGCACUGGAGUGCUCAUCCUUCCUGAUCGCAAAGUGGGUCAGAAGCUGCUCAGGCUCCUUCGUGCCGGUGUCCACAAGGUUCGCGUAAAUGGGAGGAAGGUACAUAUGAAUAUCUCCCCAAGGAAACCGGAGGCUAGGGUUAAGGAACGUCUGGAGAAGACACUCUACCUGAAUCCGGAGAUAGAGGAGGAGCUAGAAGCAAAGCUUGAGAAGCUGGACGUAGGCCUUCACGUAGACAAGUUACAGUUUGGCGUUUACUAUCGCAGGCCUGGCGACUCCGUCAAGACGUCCAGAUUGUUUUCCAACGAGUAUGAAAUCUCUCAUGUGAACAAGAGUGCCGGUCUUCUACACUUUGAAUACACUCACAAACUCAUCCGCAUCCGGCUUGGAGACCCAAUGACCGAGCAGCUCGCCCACAAUGUUGUUAUCACCUUCGCCAACAUACGCAAGUUAGCAAUCGGUCUCGACUUCGGCAAUCCAUUCGUCUGCUUCGAGCUACUCGUUCCUCCCGUAUUCCAACUGGAGAACUUCAACAGAACCUUGACCGGAGUAGAGUGGCGCGACGAGCGCAAAUUCCGGCAACGUCUCGACAGCCUUAAUGAAGUCCAUGCUGCCAUUGCACCCUAUGCACACCAAGUGCGGAUCAUUCUGCACGAGCAGAGCGAUCUGGACAGGUUCUCCGAGCUAUGCGAGAUCGCAGAAUUGUGUCGACCCUUUCGUACUCAAAUGGAAGCCUUCUCGAAUCAUUUCUUCGAUCCAUCGCGGAUAAUCAAGGUAGAGCGCAUGUUUAGGGAGUUCGACUGGCCUAUCGCUUUCCAGCUGGAAGCACUUCUUCGCAACGGCUUCUUGAAUACCGAAGACCUCCUGGAACGUUUCUAUGGUCCUGUGAAGCAGCUAUGCGUUCGCCGACCGAAGGCCGCUGCCGAGACGCUCAGGGCAUUCACAGAGGCUAUGCGCGGCAGAGACCCGCGGGAGUCACCUGAGGACAUAUUCGAAAAAGUCUGGUCGCGCGAGGAGCCGGAGGCUGUCGAGUUGUCUUCCGGUAAUUUCAUGUGCCACCACGUCACCAUCACCCCGACUCGAAUGUUGCUGGAGGGACCAUAUGUCAUCCAGUCCAAUCGCGUUAUCCGACAAUACAGAGGCUACGAAGACCACUUCAUUCGUAUCGACUUCCGUGACGAAGACCGCCUACAAUAUCGCUGGGACCGAGAUACGGAUGGUAAAUCGCUCUUGGAAAACCGAGUUGGCGGUCUUUUGAAAGGCGGGUUCAGCUUGGCGACACGCAAAUUUGAGUUCUUGGCCUAUUCAUCGUCCGCUCUGCGCGAGCAUGCGGUGUGGUUUGUGAACCCAUUCUAUCACCAGGAGAAGGGCUGGAUUGACGCCGAGUACAUCCGCUCGAGCCUUGGAGACUUCUCGGCCGUCAUCAACUGCCCGUCGAAAUAUGCAGCACGUAUCGCUCAGGCAUUCACGGCUACCGAUCCCUCCGUCGAGAUUACUCGGGAUCAAUGGGAGCAGAUGGACGAUCUCGGCGAAGAGCCGUACCUCUUCACUGACGGCGUGGGCACCAUAUCCUCGGAGCUCGGCGACAUGAUUUGGGAAGCUCUGUGUUCUGCCCGAGAUGACAGCUAUCGGAAGAACAUUAAGCCUUCCGCAUACCAAAUUCGGUUCCUAGGCUAUAAGGGUAUGGUGGCGGUAGACGGACGCCUCAAGGGUGUCAAGAUGCGAUUACGGCCAUCUAUGAACAAGUUCGAAGGUCCAGCAGAAGAGACCGCUACUAUUGAGAUCGCUCGAGCGUUCGAACGCCCGAACACGUGCUAUCUUAAUCGACCCCUUAUCAUGGUGCUAGAGGAUCGUGGUGUCAUUAAGCAGGCCUUCCUAGAGCUGCAGGAAGCUGCCGUGGCCGCUAUCCAUAUGUCAAGCGACAGCGUGAUGCAAUGCAGACAGCUGUUUCGCGAGCAUUCUUUGGGCGGAUCCUACCGACUUUCGUAUGUUUGGCAGCUCCUUAAUGCUGUCGGGCUUGGCAUGGAACACGAGGAGAACAUUCGCGUAGUCCUUCAGGAUCCAUUCUUUGAGCGCCUCGUACAAUUUGCGAAGAACGACGUCUUGCGUUCCAUCAAACAUAACGCGCGUAUUCCGGUGCUUGGCAGCUAUUUGCUUGUAGGUGUUGCAGACGAAGGCCCAGCGUACGAAGCCGAAGGGUGUGAGAACGUGUUCAAGCUGGAGGAGGGGCAAAUCUAUGCCUGUGUGCAGAAGUCGGUAGACGAGGAGCUAAUUUGGAUCGAAGGCUCUGUCACUAUCUCUCGCAGCCCAGUCGUGCAUCCUGGAGAUGUACAACGAGUGACUGCUAUCGGCAAGCCUCCAGAUGACGGUCGACCGUGUUUCUUCAGGAACUUGAAGAAUGUCGUUGUCCUGCCAUCUACAGGCGGGCGCUCAUUGGCGUCAAUGCUUGGUGGAGGCGACCUGGAUGGAGACUUGUAUUCGAUCAUCUGGGAGAGCACUCUACUUCCCACAGAGCACCAGGGCCCGGCGAAGUAUGAGCCGGUGGGUAAGAGAGAGCUUGAUAGGCCGAGUCGCAUCGAAGAUAUAUGCGAUUUCAUCAUCGAGUACAUUGACUCGGAUGUUCUGGGAUUGCUCUCCGAUAGGCAUCUCAUAAUUGCUGGUGAGCUUCGUGAAGGUACCAGAGACGCGAAGUGCAUUAGGCUGGCAGAGCUGUGCAGUCAAGCCGUGGACUAUCCCAAGAACGGUGUUCCCGUUGACAUCCAAAACUCGCCACGCUGGCUCAUCCCUUACAAGCCCGAUUGGAAAAAGGCAGAGGACAAUGCCCCCCGAAAGACUGACUACUAUGAAUCUGACCGUGCUCUCGGCGACCUAUUCCGCAACGUCCAGCUGCUCGAGCCACCCAAGACAGUACACCUACCCUCCAAGCGUCUGCCUCCCCUCUCAGACAGCAUUUCGCAGGCUCUGCGGCCGUACAUCGAGGACAUCUUUGGCCCUGGGGGCGCACGAAAUUCGGAGCGGGACGUCGCCUCGAUCGCACCGGUCUUCGGCCGCUAUGCCGAAGAGCUCCGGUACAUCUGCGUCACGCACUCGCUCUCGGACUCGCCCGAGAGCCGGCUCGUGGAGGAGGAGGUCGUCGUUGGGACGAUCACGGCCGUGUGUUCGCAGCACCGGUACCGGAACGACCGGACGUACCGCAUGCGGCUGCACUCCAAGGUGCUCGUCGAUAGCGUGCGGCGCAGGCUCUACCAGCCCGUGCGUGACCAGCUCGCGCCUGAGGCGGUUGGGCAGAUGCGCUACAAUCUGCAGCAGGGAUGGCUCGCGUGGGACUACGGCAUGCGCAACAGACACAUACCCGGCGCGAACAGCUUUGCGAUUAUUGCGCUCGGCGUUAUCGGCGCUGCGCUGACGGAUAUGGGCCGGAUCCUGCUGAAGCCUGGACUGGAAGACAUGGCGGGAGAUGUCGAUGGAAUGUGAUAGCACAUGGGAUUGUUGACAUGGCGCGUUGAUGUAUUGUACAAUAAAGGUUACGGAAUGACUUGUGUCAGGUGCAACAAGCUUUGCGGUCGCAGAUAGGACGGAGCCUCUGCUGGGGUCAGAGUCGAGAACGGUCGAGAGCUAGCUCAAGAAAGCAACAGUGCCUUGUAAUGUCUAAUUAAGGCCGAGGCGUCGGUAGCAAUCUGUGCGUGGCGCAUGUUGCUCAUCCAUGAUGGAAACAAUGGGCGUGUACUUACGCGCUGAUUCUCCUGUUCCUCAUCUAUGCGCGCCUUGGCCUGCUUGAUGAGCCGUCUGCGUGACUGAUGGCGUCCGACGGAGUGGGACUCGACUGUUAAUCGUGGCAGGUGG